GCGGCUCCGGACCCCCCGGCCCGGACAUGGCGGCGGUCCCGGCCUCCCCGCGAGGCGCGCUGCUGCUUCUCCUGGCCGUGGCGGGGGUCGCGGAGGUGGCAGGGGGCCUGGCCCCGGGCAGCGCGGGUGCACUGUGUUGUAAUCAUUCAAAGGAUAAUCAAAUGUGCCAUGAUGUAUGUGAACAGAUAUUCUCCUCAAAAAGUGAAUCCCGACUAAAGCAUCUGUUACAGAGAGCCCCAGAUUAUUGCCCCGAAACAAUGGUUGAAAUUUGGAGUUGUAUGAAUUCAUCUUUGCCAGGUGUGUUUAAGAAGUCUGAUGGCUGGGUUGGCUUAGGCUGCUGUGAACUGGCUAUUACCUUGGAGUGUCGACAGGCAUGCAAGCAGGCAUCAUCAAAAAACGAUAUUUCCAAAGCCUGCAGAAAAGAAUAUGAGAAUGCUCUUUUCAGUUGCAUUAGCAGAAAUGAAAUGGGCUCAGUUUGUUGCAGUUAUGCAGGCCAUCACACAAACUGCCGAGAAUACUGUCAAGCCAUCUUUCGAACAGACUCUUCUCCUGGUCCAUCUCAGAUCAAAGCAGUGGAAAAUUAUUGUGCCUCUAUUAGUCCCCAAUUAAUACACUGUGUGAACAAUUAUACCCAAUCUUAUCCAAUGAGGAAUCCAACAGAUAGUUUAUAUUGCUGUGACAGAGCUGAAGACCAUGCUUGCCAAAAUGCCUGCAAGAGAAUUCUGAUGUCUAAGAAAACAGAAAUGGAAAUUGUUGAUGGCCUCAUCGAGGGUUGUAAGACUCAGCCUUUACCUCAGGAUCCUCUUUGGCAGUGUUUUCUUGAAAGCUCACAGUCUGUUCAUCCUGGAGUCACCCUACACCCUCCUCCCUCUACAGGCCUUGAUGGGGCUAAAUUGCAUUGUUGUUCUAAAGCAAACACUUCAACAUGUAGAGAACUGUGCACUAAACUUUAUAGCAUGAGCUGGGGCAACACACAGAGCUGGCAAGAGUUUGAUCGUUUUUGUGAAUAUAAUCCAGUGGAAGUGUCCAUGUUGACCUGUUUAGCAGACGUUCGGGAACCUUGCCAGUUGGGCUGUAGAAAUCUUACUUACUGUACUAAUUUUAACAACAGGCCAACAGAACUUUUCAGGAGUUGUAACGCUCAGUCAGAUCAAGGAGCCAUGAAUGACAUGAAGCUGUGGGAGAAAGGAAGCAUAAAGAUGCCAUUUAUCAACAUACCUGUUCUUGACAUUAAGAAGUGUCAGCCAGAAAUGUGGAAAGCAAUAGCUUGUUCACUGCAGAUUAAACCUUGUCAUAGUAAAUCCCGGGGAAGUAUUAUUUGCAAAUCAGAUUGUGUGGAGAUUCUUAAGAAAUGUGGGGACCAGAAUAAAUUCCCUGAAGACCACACAGCUGAAAGUAUUUGUGAGCUUCUGUCACCUACAGAUGACCUAGAGAAUUGUAUACCUUUGGAUACAUACCUCAGGCCAAGUACUUUGGGUAAUAUUGUAGAAGAGGUCACUCAUCCCUGUAACCCAAAUCCUUGCCCUGCUAAUGAGCUCUGUGAGGUAAACCGGAAGGGGUGUCUGUCUGGAGAUCCCUGCCUUCCAUACUCUUGUGUUCAAGGUUGCAAAUUGGGAGAAGCCUCUGAUUUCAUUGUCCGUCAAGGGACACUAAUUCAGGUGCCAUCAUCUGCAGGGGAAGUUGGUUGUUACAAAAUUUGCUCAUGUGGACAAAGUGGACUCUUGGAAAACUGUAUGGAGAUGCACUGUAUAGAUCUUCAGAAGUCGUGUAUUGUCGGAGGAAAAAGAAAAAGUCAUGGGACAUCGUUUAAUAUUGACUGCAAUAUCUGUUCUUGUUUUGCUGGCAAUUUGGUGUGUUCUACCCGCCUGUGCCUCAGUGAGCACAGUUCCGAAGAUGACCGUCGCACCUUCACAGGUCUGCCCUGUAACUGUGCAGAUCAGUUUGUCCCUGUGUGUGGGCAGAAUGGACGCACUUACCCCAGUGCCUGCAUUGCUCGCUGUGUUGGCCUCCAAGACCAUCAGUUUGAAUUUGGAUCAUGCAUCUCAAAGGAUCCAUGUAAUCCUAAUCCCUGCCCAAAAAACCAAAGAUGCAUACCCAAACCACAAGUUUGCCUGACGACUUUUGAUAAAUUUGGAUGUAACCAAUAUGAGUGUUUGCCAAGACAGCUCACCUGUGACCAGGUUCGCGAUCCUGUCUGUGACACAAACCACAUGGAGCACAGCAAUCUCUGCACUUUGUACCAGAGGGGGCAAAGCCUCUUAUACAAAGGCCCUUGCCAGCCCUUCUGCAGAGCCACAGAGCCCAUCUGUGGGCACAAUGGGGAAACCUAUAGUAGCGUGUGUGCUGCAUACUCAGAUCGUGUAGCAGUCGAUUACUACGGGCCCUGCCAGGCUGUCGGGGUCCUCUCAGAGUACGGUUCUGUAGCCGAGUGUGCUGCUGUGAAGUGUCCUUCACUCUCUGUGACUGAGUGCAAACCCAUCAUCCCACCAGGUGCUUGUUGCCCAUUAUGUGCUGGAAUGUUAAGAGUUUUAUUUGACAAAGAAAAACUGGAUACUAUUGCUAAGGUAACAAACAAAAAGCCAAUUACAGUUCUGGAAAUACUUCAGAAAAUCCGCAUGCACGUAUCUGUCCCACAGUGUGACGUAUUUGGAUACUUCAGUAUUGAAUCUGAAAUUGUGAUCCUGAUCAUUCCUGUCGAUCAUUAUCCAAAAGCUUUGCAGAUUGAGGCUUGCAAUAAAGAAGCAGAGAAGAUCGAAUCUCUUAUCAACUCUGACAGCCCCACUCUGGCAUCCCACGUCCCUCUGUCUGCCCUCAUCAUUUCCCAGGUACAGAUCUCGAGUAGUGUGCCAUCAGCUGGCAUCGAGGCCAGAGCCCUCUGCCCCUCCUACCUCCUCCUCCUCAGCCUGGGCCCUGCCUUGCACAUGGUCUGGACACGUAACUGACCACCCCUGAAAAGUGCAAAAUGUUACUCCAUUGAAUUUUUCUACAUGGUGAAAGACAUGCAGGACUCCUGGUUUGUAGUUGAAUAGUGGCUGAGAAAAAGCACUUGUCACCUCUGUUCACCACACAGUAUUUUUUUUAAUCUGCCAAUAUUAGGGUUUUUGUUUUGUUCUUACAAAUGU